AUGAAGGCGCAGCAGAAGUCUGUUCAUUUUGUUGACGAAAAUGAUGAUACACCUAUCUCUCAAGAGUUUGGAGGAGAAGAGGAUGAAGAUGAUCAGAUGGAGGUUAACUAUGUGAAUGGGCAAGCUUUUGUGCAGAACCGUGGUUUCAACUCGAACUACAGAACCAUCCGAACAUGUCCUACAGGAGCACCAACGUCGAGAACCCUCAGGAUCAGGUCUAUCCGCCUCGAUCGAACCAGAACCAGCAGAGUUAUCAGAAGAGCUACCCCAACAGCUUCCAGGAGAAGACUUUGCCCCAAACCAGAACCGUUCUCAAGGUGGUAA